AUGAACGGCACUACCAAUGGAUCGGUUCAGAAAAUCCUUGUAGUCUUUGGGGCUACAGGGAAGCAAGGCGGCUCCGUUGUGAGGUGCAUCCUGUCAGAUCCAAAAACAGCAUCCAUGUUCUCUGUCCGUGCUAUCACCAGAGACCCUUCCAAACCGAGUGCUCAAGAACUUACCAAGAUGGGUGCUGAAUGUGUCUCGGCCGACUGCGAUGACAAGCCAUCUCUCCGUAUCGCCAUGGAUGGUGCAUACGCGGUCUUUGCUGUCACCAACUUCUGGGAGAAGAAAAGUGCUGAAGCUGAAGUCCAACAAGGAAAGAACAUGGCCGAUGUGGCCAAGGAAGUUGGCGUGCAGCAUUUCAUCUGGAGCAGUCUGCUAAACAUCACCGAACUCUCUGGUGGAAAGCUCUCUCAAGUGGCACAUUUCGAUUCCAAGGCAGAUGUUGAACAAUACAUUCGCGACAUCGGUAUCCCAGCUACAUUUUUCCUACCUGGGUUCUACAUGUCCAACAUUCCUGGUCAGAGCCUCAACAAUAAGCAGGGGCCAUACAACUUCGCUCUGCCAAUUCCCACAAAUUCCCCCAUCCCGCUCUUCGACACUGAGGCGGACACCGGCAAAUUCGUGAAAGGUAUCUUGCUGAACCGGGAAAAGGUGCUGGGCGCUCGUAUCUACGGGGCGAGCGGUUACUACACUCCUGAACGGAUCAUUGCGGACUUCCAAGCUGUCAAACCCAAGGACGGCCAGGGCGGCAGGGCUCUGCAGGUGCCUGAGGAGAUGUUCAAGAAAGUGCUGGCGUCCAAAGGCCUCCCACCGCCUCUACAGGAAGAGAUGCUUCAAAAUAUGCUGUUGAUGCCUCAAUUUGGCUACUUUGGAGGUGCAGAUCUAAAGCAGAGUCAAUCGAUCGUGGAUGAACCUCUGACGACUUGGAAAGAGUUCGUGGCCAAGGCUUCUGUGUGGGCCGAGGUGCGCUAG